GACUGGAGCUGUUCCUAUUCGGCCAUCCUGCUCCGCCCCCCGGAAUCUGUGUGUUUCUAUUCUUUAAAACAAAAAACAAAACCUCUUUUGCCUUCAUCCCCUACUUUAAAUCUCCCCCUUUUCUCUUCCCUCUUGCCUUUUCUUUCUCUGUAUUUUUCUAGCCACUUCCUUGUUGCUCAUUUUCUCCAUUUCUCUUUUUCCUCUUGCUUCUCUAGUGGUUCCUUCUCAUUCCCUGUUCACACUCUCCUGAGUCCUCACUGCCCAGAUACCAAUCUUGAUCUUGUUCCUGUUCUUUUUCCUUUAGGGGAUUUGAGUUUGGAUGGGACAGCUUGAGUCUGGCCAUUUGUAAAGCCUGGGGCAUGGGAGAAUGGGGAAUUGUUCCAUCUUCUGUUGUCCUGACUUCUUUCCAGGUGAUGUCAAGAGUUUUUCUAAUAUGGGCAGUAACACAUAGCGUCAAAGAGGUACAGAGUGAAGACAGUGUCCUCCUGUUUGUUAUUGCCUGGACGAUCACGGAAAUCAUCCGUUACUCCUUUUAUACAUUCAGUCUGUUAAACCAUCUGCCUUACCUCAUCAAAUGGGCCAGGUACACACUUUUCAUUGUGCUGUACCCAAUGGGAGUGUCAGGAGAACUGCUCACAAUAUACGCAGCUCUGCCCUUUGUCAGACAAGCUGGCCUGUAUUCCAUCAGUUUACCCAACAAAUACAAUUUCUCUUUUGACUACCAUGCAUUCCUGAUUCUAAUAAUGAUCUCCUACAUUCCAAUUUUUCCCCAGUUGUAUUUCCACAUGAUACACCAGAGAAGAAAGAUCCUUUCUCAUACUGAAGAGCACAAGAAAUUUGAAUAGUUCCUGCUUUCUGCACCUCCCACCAAAACAAACUUUUCAAUGAUCAAAAAAUGCUGCAGACUUUUUGAGUUCCCAAUACGUUUCAUAGAAAAUAAGUAAGAACUAUUUUUAAAAUAUUCAAACAAAACUAAAACAAAAAUCCAGUGUCACGUGGGCCUGAGAUUUUAUUUUAGAAAAAGAUUGUUACAUAAAACACCCUGGCCAGUUCAUCUCAGCAUGCUCUUUCAACCAGAAGUUCCUAAUAUUUAUGAUGGCAUUAGAAAGGGAUUUGGCAUUUUAUGUCCUUCUGUGUCCUUCAUGUAUCUGAUCAAUAAAGACCUGUAACACUAAGUACUUGAGAGUUACAGUCUGAAUAAUGAAGUCGUACCAACCGAAUAGCCCAGCUUGCAGUAUAGUUAUGUUUCAGUCUGCAGUGUGUUUAGCAUUCCCUUGUCAAAGUGCUUGACUGCAUGCUGGAAACUAUUUGUAUUUUUGAAGCGGCAAACUCUGUUCUCUGGAAUGCUCUGAAGUUAUGGCUGGGACCUAUCCCCUUAUAUCUAAUGAAUGAAUUAUAAAAUGUAUAUGCCUAUGAAGCUUUGGGGUAGUGCCUAUAAUCAGAAAACAACUUAGAACCCUUUUGUUUGUUUCAAAUUGAGUCAUUACUGCCUGCCACUAAGAAACGUGCUUGAAUCUAAUAAGUAUGUGUAUACCGUAAAGAAUAUAUCUUAUCUGGAGCUCAGCCUCAAUCAUAUCUUAACAAAAUGAUAGGUCUCAGAAAGGGGGAGCUCAAUAGCUCAUAACCUUUUCACAGCACUGUUCUCAGAACACCUCUGAGUAACGUGUUUGCCAGUAGCUAUUCUCACUGAUGCACUGAUGACCCUGAAGAAGCUGAUCCAGCCACGUAGGAGUGGAGGCUUUGUUACUGAAAGCACAUGGAAUGUGUUGCUUUAGAAAGGUAGUCAGAAAACAUUCAGGAGUAAGUUUAUACACCAUUAUUGUUUUAUUUUUUAAUUUUCAUUCGCUCUUCUGUUUGGAUACUUUUGCUAAUUAAGGUCCUAUGUUAAUUUCCACCAAGCUGUAAGUCCAUAGGCAGUAAAACAUUCCACUUGGGCCAUCAUGAGCUAAAAGCCGUAUCACCUCCGCAUGUUGGAGCAGCCAAGAAAUAGUUUGGUCCUACCGACAUUAUCUCAUCCAUGUCACAUCCUCAUAUGAUUUAAUUGCUCAACCAUGCAUUUAAAACUCCUCAAGAAAGGGCUGGUACUGCAACUGUAGGUAAACUGAAAAAAAAAAUAGAAAGAGUUGGAUGAAAAUGUGAAAGCCCAAGUUCAGAUGUCCAUUAAGUAUUAAAUAGCACAGUAUCUUUAUGGAGCCUUUUUUCCUCCCCCACCCCCUGCAGUUUUUUUUUUCUUUUUUUUUUGGGGGGGGGUUGAUGUUGAACUUUAAGACUUUAAAAGUUUAGCUUAUUGAGUAGUUGUCAUUUAAAGUAUAAUUGCGUGUAAAUGACGAGUUGAUGGGUGCAGCACACCAACAUGGCACAAGUAUACAUAUGUAACAAACCUGCACGUUGUGCACAUGUACCCUACAACUUAAAGUAUAAUAAUAAUAAAUAAAUUUUAAAAAAAAAUAAAGUAUAAUUGCGAAUAUCAGAAAACAUACUGGAAAACUAAAUUUUUUUUCUCUUUUGAGACGGAGUCUCACUUUGUUGCCCAGGCUGGAGUGCAGUGGCGUGAUCUCGGCUCACUGCAAGCUCCACCUCCCGGGUUCAUGCCAUCCUCCUGCCUCAGCCUCCCGAGUAGCUGGGACUACAGGUGUAUGCCACCACACCCGGCUAAUUUUUUUUUGUAUUUUUAGUAGAGACGGGGUUUCACCGUGUUAGCCAGGAUGGUCUCGAUCUCCUGACCUCAUGAUCUGCCCGCCUCGGCCUCCCAAAGUGCUGGGAUUACAGGCGUGAGCCAUUGUGCCCGGCCCCUGGAAAACUAAAUUUUUAAGUGCUUAUUUUUAUAGAAGUUUGAAAAUUUAAUGCAGGCAGGUGUGUAAUAAAUUAUUUUUGAAUUGAACUUUUAAAUUCUGCUUCUUAAAGUCAGCACUCAACUUGGGCGUGUUGAGAUUAGAAUCUAUUCUUGUAUUUGAUAGACAAAAUAUGUGGGAAAGAUUUUUUCAUGCCUUUUCUCUCGUUUUAUUCUUCCAUAAUGUAUUUCUACUAUAAAAUAGAAUCAACUUGGGUUAUAUUUGUCAUAUUACUUUAUUCUGUUAGAUUUUUUCAGUUGUUUUUGGGAAAAUUCUAGAAGUCAGGAUGAAAAAUGCAGCUUUUCCAGGGUUGCUGGACUGGGGGUUUUAUUUGUGCCGCUUUAUUAUAAUUUGUCACUACUUAUGAAAAACAUUCUGUUGCAAACAGUGCUGUUGCAUUGAAUUGAACUUUGGCAGUGAGAACACAGCACACAGCUCCCUUUUCAAAAAGGGUCUCAACCCCAGUGUGUAUUUUUGUACAUCAACAUUUAGAAUACUUAUGGCAGAUAAGUAAGGCAUGUCACUGUGUCCUUCAAUAACCUCUCUAACUGUUUUCUUUAUCCCUAACAUGACUUCAUUUCUCCUUUGAAGUCAUUUAUUCUUUUAUAAAUUGAGAACAACCACACCACCAAAUGUCACACCUUCUUAUAAAGUGUGAACAAGGAAUGUCAUGUUUUUGUGGGUAUUUUGUCAGACUUAGCGAUUUCAUUUCAGGGCAUAGUCAAAGGCAUCAUCUUCCCAACUACCCACUUGAUUGUGUGUUUCAGAUCCCCUCCUUGGGGGCCUUCUUCUGACAGAGAGAAUUCUUUGAGGUCCACAGUAGUACUUUUGUCAGCAAAGACUGCUAAUCUGCAUCUUGCUGCGUUAUGUUUGCUGAGGUUGGGCUCAUUCAUUUAACAGGUACCAACCGUUACCUAGAGGCACCAUGGAGAGUUAGUCAUGGAAUAAAGCACUGGCCUUGCAGAUGAAAAACUGUCUCCAGAGCAGACUUCUGACAGGAAAGGUUUAGGUGCUGGAGAGUUGAAGAGGUAUAAGAAGAGAUCAUGCCCUCAUUUUUCACUUAUUUUUUUAGUUAUUCAUUUAUAAUAAAAGGUUGGCAUUGAUGUGGUCCAACCUGCAAAUUACUUGCAGUUCUGAGUUUCAGAUAAAACAUUAAAUUCAAUACAUACUGCUCCUUUGAAAUUUGGGUAAAAAAUUAUACAACCGUAUAUAUAGUCAUUUUUGUAUUUUUUCUAUGUUGUGAAAACCAAAACUGUAAUUUUAUAAGUCUUUGAUUCACUAAAAUUAUAUAAUUUAAAUGUAUUUUUUGUAUAUUUAGAAAUAAGGAGUCCAGAGACUAUGCUUAACUUUCUAUGCAUGCAUUUGAAAGCUGUUUUUACCUGAUAAUGUUAAUGUGGUAAUAAGUUGUAUUCAUAAAAUACUGAUCUGUGUUGCAUUUUAAAAUAAACUGAUGUGUGCUCUGCUUGGAUUUGAAAUACC